AUGUCAGAUAAUCGCAGCUCACCCGUUAGAGAUGCUGGCUCAUCGCCAAUGGCAGCGCCGCCAUCAUCCUUUGGCGGGUCCUCGCCACCAUUGUUUUACAAUCCCUCUUCGUCGUCACAGCCCGAUACUUACGAAAGCCAGCAGAGACAGCGUACUGUGGGUUCUUCACCUUUUCGUGACAGGGGUGUGUCUGGAGGCCGUGUUGGGUUUUCUUCUGAUACCUUUGGCUCGCGACGGGGCUCUCAGAGACGUGGCGGUCCCAGCUCUGGUCGAUUCACAGACCAAUCGAGCGAAAUAGACAUGCUUUCUUCGUCACUGUCAGGCCGGGUUUCGCAGCGUGCUUCCCAGCGAAGAAGCGAUCUGCACGCGUCCGAUCUUUCUUCACCACGUAGAAUGGUCGAUCUGGACUCGCAGCCCCUACCAAACUCAUCAUCAGAUCCGGCUUCCGAGGCAGUAGAGCCGUUGCGCAUCAUUUGGGGGACGAACGUGAGUAUACAGGAAUGUGCCACGAACUUUCGUAACUUUCUGAUGUCUUUCAAGUAUAAAUUCCGUAAAACGCUGGACGAGAACGAGGAUUUUAUCGAUGAAGCUGAGGAUGAAGAACUGUACUAUGUCAAGCGUCUAAGCCAGAUGCGAGAAAUGGGUACACUCAACUUGAAUCUUGAUGCAAGAAAUCUGCUGAGUUUCAAGUCCACUGAGAAGCUUUACUAUCAGUUGAUGAGCUACCCUCAAGAAAUAGUAUCCAUCAUGGAUCAAACUAUCAAAGAUUGUAUGGUGUCUUUAGUGAUAGACAACAAUCUGGACUCCAGUCUGGACGAAGUGGAAUCGAAAUUCUACAAAGUCAGACCGUUUAAUAUCGAAAGUAAGAAAGGAAUGCGAGAACUGAAUCCUAAUGACAUCGACAAGCUGAUCAGCGUCAAGGGCUUGGUUCUCAGAUCAACGCCCAUUAUUCCAGACAUGAAGGUUGCUUUCUUCAAGUGUAAUAUAUGUGACCACACGGUGGUUGUUGAAAUUGACCGAGGGGUCAUUCAGGAGCCUGCAAGAUGUCCGCGAGUAGCUUGUAAUCAACCAAACUCGAUGUCCCUGGUGCACAAUCGUUGUUCAUUCGCUGACAAGCAGGUUAUUAAAUUGCAAGAGACGCCAGACACAGUACCCGAUGGACAAACACCGCAUUCGGUGUCCCUGUGUGUGUAUGACGAAUUGGUCGAUUCUUGCCGCGCCGGUGACAGGGUGGAAGUGACAGGUAUCUUCCGCUCUAUCCCUAUAAGGGCAAAUUCGAGACAACGUGCAUUAAAAUCCCUAUACAAAACAUACCUUGACAUAGUGCAUGUCAAGAAAGUGACUCGAGACAGAUUAGGAGCCGACACAUCUACUGUGGAGCAAGAAUUACUACAGAAUGAGCUUAAUCACUCUGAUAUUAGGGAGGUGCCGCAAAUAACAGACGAACAGAUUCGCCGUAUUCAUGCCGUGGCUGAGAGAGAUGAUGUAUAUGAGGUCUUGGCUCGUUCACUUGCACCAAGCAUUUACGAGUUAGACGACGUCAAGAAGGGAAUUUUAUUGCAAUUGUUUGGGGGUACGAACAAGACCUUCACGAAAGGCGGUCGAUACAGAGGUGAUAUCAAUGUCUUACUAUGUGGUGACCCUUCGACCUCAAAGUCUCAAAUUUUGCAAUAUGUUCACAAGAUAGCUCCUCGUGGUAUUUACACUUCAGGAAAAGGUUCAUCGGCCGUGGGUUUGACGGCAUACAUCACUAGGGAUGUAGACACGAAACAACUUGUACUGGAAAGUGGUGCUUUGGUGUUAUCGGACGGUGGUAUUUGCUGCAUCGAUGAGUUCGAUAAGAUGAGUGACUCUACCAGGUCCGUCUUACACGAAGUCAUGGAACAACAGACUAUUUCGAUUGCAAAAGCUGGUAUCAUUACAACUCUGAACGCUCGAACUUCAAUUUUGGCUAGUGCAAAUCCAGUUUCCUCCCGUUACAAUCCUAAUCUUCCCGUGACGGAAAACAUCGACUUACCGCCUCCCUUGCUUUCGAGAUUCGACCUCGUUUACCUCGUGUUAGACAAGGUUGAUGAAGCUACGGAUCGAGAACUGGCAAAGCAUUUGACCAACCUGUAUUUGGAAGAUGCCCCAAGUCAUGAAAACAAAGACGACGUGUUGCCCGUGGAGCUUUUGACCUCAUAUCUCAACUACGCCAAACAGAAGUAUGCGCCGGUGAUUACGGAACAGGCUAAAACAGAACUGGUAAGAGCCUACGUCACAAUGCGGAAGAUGGGUGAUGAUUCGAGGUCAGAUGAAAAGCGCAUCACUGCCACGACCAGACAACUUGAGAGUAUGAUCAGACUGGCUGAAGCGCACGCAAAGAUGAGGCUGUCGCACUCUGUUGAGCUACAAGACGUACAGGAGGCUGUACGGCUGAUAAAAUCAGCUAUCAAGGACUAUGCCACAGACCCGAAAACGGGAAAAAUUGAUAUGAAUCUUGUGCAGACCGGAAAAUCUGUCAUUCAGCGCAAGAUGCAAGAGGACCUGGCCCGCGAGAUUGUUACGAUUCUCACCGAUCGCUCCAACAACACGAUCUCCUACAACGAGCUGGUGCGCAGUAUAAACGAGCAGUCACAGGACAAGGUCGAAGCUACGGAGAUUUCGGAUGCACUGGUACGGCUACAGCAGGAAGACAAGGUUGUUGUUUUGGGAGAAGGUGUUAAAAGAUCCAUUCGUCUCAAUGGACGGAUUUGA